AUGACGGACGACUUUGGGUUCUUUCCAAACCAGCCACGGGAGCCCGCCGCUUCCGUGUGCCCCGAGAAGCCGUGUCCUCGGAGCUCUUUCGACCCGGACGAGUGGCCGCUUGUCCGGGAGCCCUUCCCUGCCGGCCUACACGUAUGUACACAGUCUCGACACAUCAUCCUCGAUGCCCUCGCACGAAAACGUACGAAAAAGAGCCGCAACCGGACAAAAGAACGGCGGCAGCAGCAACAGCAACAAGAUGAUGAGGAGGAGGAGGAGGAGGAGGAGCAAGAACGCCAAAGAGAACACCUGGCCACGCUGCGGCCAUUCGUGCCGAACGUGGACAUCUUGUACCUCGACAUGGGCGCCGCUCCGGCGCGGUACCACCGGAGCAAGGCGAGCCGGAAGGUCUGGAAGGACGAGCCGCGGACGCACCUCUUCCAGGUCACCCAGGGGCUGCGUCAGACCUACCUCUCCGAGGUGACCAAGCUGGCGCUGCCGUUUGGCCUGUUCUCGCCCAGAUACCUACACAUGCAGCACGUCGUCUCCUGGAUCUUGACGCUGCUGCCGAUUCGGGAGCUGCACGUCAUCUUUGGCCGGAGCAAGUGGUCCGACCAAGAGUAUGGGGGGUAUCACAAGGACGAGAACGGGGACGGCGACGGCGACUGCGACGACACAUCGCCCAUGUCCCCGCCCAUACCACCAUCGACAUCCGCGCCCGUAUCAUGGAGGGUGUUGCCGCCAAAGACGCCGCAGCUCAACCGGCAGCUUGCCGCUGCCAAGGUGAGGAGCUGGAUGGAGGGCUGCUGGCCACAAGGUCUUGUGGGGGCGGCGUUGAAAAGCGAGGGGGUGCUGGGCAUAUUAUCGAAUGGUAUUGUUGUUAAACCUGGCCUCCUGAUCCGGUCGAGAGGGUGGGAAUAG